CGAGGCUCGGCUCCGCACUGCUGGAGGCGCGGGUCGCAGAGGUGAGCAACCGGCCCAGCGCGCAGUUUCUGGUGGAGCCGGUUGUUCCCACCCGGGGACUCUCUGGUGGAGCGGAGCCCAGCAAAUGGGCGCAUGAGGAAGGAGAGCAGGGAAAUGGACUGCUAUUUGCGUCGCCUCAAACAGGAGCUGAUGUCCAUGAAGGAGGUGGGGGAUGGCUUGCAGGAUCAGAUGAACAGCAUGAUGGGGGCACUGCAAGAACUGAAGCUCCUCCAGGUGCAGACAGCUUUGGAACAGCUGGAGAUCUCUGGAGGGGGUCCUGCCACAGGCUGCCCUGAAAGCCCCUGGACACAGCCCAAGCCUCCUCGAUGGGAGGGUGGCAGGGGCCCUGCCAGGCCUUUGGCUAGCUCCCCCUCCAACCAACCUUCUCUUGACAGCAGUGCCAAGUUUCCACGCCACAGUAAUGUCUGUGGGAGGGAGGUGUCCCCCCUGCCCAGGACACAGCUGCCAGAGCACCAAAGCUGCACCCAGCAGGGGCCAGAGCGUGUAGAACCAGAUGACUGGACCUCCACGUUGAUGUCCCGGGGCCGGAAUCGACAGCCUCUGGUAUUAGGCGACAACGUCUUUGCGGACCUGGUGGGCAACUGGCUGGACUUGCCGGAACUGGAGAAGGGAGGGGAGAAGGGAGAGAUUGGGGAGGCUGGUGAGCCUAAAGUGGAGAAGGGCCAGCCCCGGGAGCUGGGCCGCAGGUUUGCCCUGACAGCAAACAUCUUUAGGAAGUUCUUGCGGAGUGUGCGGCCUGACCGGGACCGGCUGCUGAAGGAGAAGCCCGGCUGGGUGACACCCAUGGCCUCUGAGCCCCGAGCUGGACGCUCCCAGAAGGUCAAGAAGCGGAGUCAUUCCAAGGGCUCUGGACAUUUCACCUUCCCAGGUGUCAAGGAGCCCAAACGAGGGGAAAGUCCCUCCCCAAGUUGCCCCAAGGCCCUGGAGCCCUCACCCUCUGGCUUUGAUAUUAACACGGCUGUUUGGGUCUGAAUCCUAGAGACAGAAAGUUGACUGGACCCGAGAGGGCCAGGUGGAGACGCUGUGACCCCGGGGAGGAGGGCGGGAGGGCAGUCUGGCUUUCAAAAGCCCAACUCCAGGUUCUUUUCCCCAAGAAAGGAGAGAAGGGCAGAAGCAGGUCCCUAGGUCACCAAGCAAGAGGUCACAUGCAGGGCUGACAGCCUGCAAUUGGAAGAGGCUGUCUGUCGCAGGGGCUGGCUGGUGGGCUAGGUCGGAGUUCAUGGACUGUGUGUUUGUAUAUGCUUGUUUUGGUGCUGGAGGUGACAGCAGGGAAGGGACAGGGAGAGGAGACCAAGGACCACCACCACCCCACCACCCCCACACCGGGCAUUCCUGCAUUGCCCCCAAAGACUUCAGUUGAACAUUCUAUAUGGAAAAGGGCACUGGGGCCUCAGGUUCCCCAUAGAGGCCCUCAAUAAAGACCUCAUCUUUGGUGUCACCAGCCUUAUGUUUGCUUGCUUGGCA